AGGUCUGGAGCUGGUCUCACACGCACGUUUACGCCCGUAGUGUAAUGACCUAGGGAAUAUGAACGAACAGUAAGAAUAACGCAUUAUAGAAACGCAUUGUACUUAUUUUACGCCAGCGCGCUGCGAUCAGGCUUUCAAAAAGACACGCACAGAAAAGUUUUCGAAAGUUCGAUUGAUUUUUCGACAAAAUGAACCACAGCUGCAACAUUGUACGUGAAACCGAGGAUGAAACGAUCCGCCAUUUCCCGAUUCAGGUUCCGACUGAGCCGGAGCCAGACCGCGCCGGCUUGGGGGUGAUUUCCUAUGUUUUGACGCAUGUUGACGUGGAGACGUUGCACAGACCUUUCGGAUUGCCUCAGCAUCCGGGAAGCUUCGCCAAUUACGAGCCGCCAUUGCGAGCGUUCCAAUUUUUCGAGUGUAGUGCGAUAGUGGAAAUCAUUCGGGCAGAAAUGAGUGCCGCCGCGCGCCAGAAGAAGUUCGCACCGCGCGUAGGGAACCCAACCAACCCUCGCAGCAAGACGGAGAAGCACAUAAACUUUAUUUUUCAGUCGCGUUACACUUCGGGGAGUACAUAUAGUUUGAACUCCAGCUUGGGCGCAGUCUUCGAGCCCAGCACAAACUCCGGAAAUCUCUGGGCUCAGUGGCACGGCUGGCUUGUCUUGUUGCAGGAAGCGCCCCACGGUGCAGGAGGUUUGCCUCGGAAUAUUGCUCUUGGUUUUUGUGAAGUCAAGGAGGGAACUGUCAGUUUGCACUGUUUCUCUCUUCACAAGUUCGGUGAGCACAAGCGUUACUUCGUGCGCCCGCUGAGCAAUGCCCUGUUCAAUAAGAAGUACUACGCUGCUUUGACGGAUCUGUUUGACACGACGUACGGCCGGAGAGUUGCAGAGCAGCUGACACGUGGAGACGGUCCGGCCAGGGUUUUGCUAUCAGGGACAGCGAACGAUUGGGGUCUCGAAUCGGCUGUGGAGCGGCUUGCUGCUUCCUGGCAAGGAGUGGCACCUUUCAACCAUCAACAGCUGCGUGCCUUGGCGCUUGAGCGGCUGAGCAUGAAUGGUGUCGUGCUCAUACAGGGCCCACCCGGCACCGGAAAAUCACACCUCAUUGUCAACGGCCUGGUGCCCGAACAAGUUGCAAACAGACAAAAAACACUUGUCGUUUGUAAUUCCAACACGGCGAUUGAUGACUUAAUGUUGAAAGUUAUCAGGAAUAACACGAUUCGAGAAGACCAGCUGCUGCGGGUCGGCGAUUAA